AUGGAUCACUUUAUUGUGCGCUUCCAAUGUUAUCAGCAGGAGCUAGGCCUCGCAAUGGAGAUGCUCGUCGAUUGGGAAGCCGCGCAUCAUGUACCCAACACUUGGAGUCCCAUUGGGGAUACGAGGACAAGCACUCUCAAAAAUACAUGGCGUCUCAAACCAAGCAGCGCCACAUCAUCCAGCCGAUAUCCGCAAUGUCCCUCUCCCCUCUUCAUCUACACCGCCAAAGACCUCUUCGAGUUUAUCUCUGAUCUGCGCAGACAACCCUUGAUGGAGAUGCUGGGGGAUGUAGUGCCGGACUGUGAGUAUUAUGUGUUUCCGCCCAAUUUUCCGAUACAGGAUUCCGAAACGCGACUGCUGAACAUGGAAGAUGAAGAAUUACAGGGAGUAGCGGAUGCCACACGAGACGUGCCGAGGGCACCGUCAGAUUCUUCCAGGUCGGGACCCGUGUCUGCGCUGCGAGCAAUGUUCAACAAGGCAAGUGACUGUCUUGACAAAGUAUUGGAUUUUCGUCCAUGCUAA